AUGGCUUAUUCAUUCAGACUAGACUUCACAUCAACAAAUAAUGAAACUGAGUAUGAAGCAGUUGUGCAUGCACUAAGAUUAGCUAUUGAAAUGAAGAUAGAAGAUGCGAGAAUUACCAGUGACUCACAAAUAGUGAUCAUCCAUAUUGAAGGAACAUAUAGUACAAAUGAACCAUCCUUGCAAAAGUAUAAAAAAUUAGUCUUGGAUUUAUCGGUGCGAAUUCCAAGAUUAAGUUGGAGACACAUCGGCAGAAAAGACAAUAGGAUCGCAGAUGCAUUAGCAUUCAUACCUUCCAUGUUAUUAGACCCAGUUGCGAGAGAUAUAAAAAUAAAAGCACUAUUGUUACCAUAUAUAAAAAAAGGAGAAGAGACACAAACAGAUAUAAUGAUGAUAGACGACAUGGAGGAGGAAAAAGAAAACGAAGAUUUGGAUUGGAGAACUGAGAUCCAUUCAUAUCUAGAAAAGGGAGAACUACCAAUGAAAAGGUUAGAGGCACACAAGUUAAAGAGUCGUGCGACGAAUUACGAAUUAAGGGAUGGGAUUCUUCAUAGAAGUGGAGGAAGAUCACUCGCGUACAGAACAAAGAUACAAAUUUAUUAUUGGUCAUACAUGCAUGAGGAUGCAAAACAGGUCUCAAGAAUAUGUGAAGAAUGUCAACGUCAUGGAAAGAAGAUACAUGCACCUAUUUUCACAAAAUGGGCAGAAGUUAAAGCAGUCCAACACAUUCGUGAUAAAGACAUCUUCACAUUUAUUUUUGAGAAUAUUAUAUGCAUAUUUGGUAUUCCAUCACAACUCUUAUCUGAUAAUGGAAAACAGUUUGAUGGUGAGAAUAUAGAGAUGUUGCUUAAUGCAUUCAAAAUUCAAAGCGGAAAAUCAACUCUUUUAUAUCGACACAACAAUGGGCAAGUAGAAGCAACGAAUAAAACUAUCACGAAAAACUUGAAAAAGAAAUUAGAAGGUAAUAAUAAAGGUUGGUGCGAACAGGUGCACAAUGUAGUAUGGGCUUAUAAAACAACAAGGAGAGAAGCCACAGGGAUGUCACCCUUUUGCCUGACAUAUGAAGUUGAAGCAGUGUUACCUACAGAAAUUAUCAUUCCAACAAUAAAGAGAGAAUCUUGGGAAAAAACUUAA